AUGACUUUCUCCUCCUUCCUGCAACGCCUGCGAUCACCAGUGCAGGCUCUCAUGGAGGGAACCGGGAAACGUCCAUGGUCCGAUCUCCCGCCGGAGAUUCUCUCCAUGAUCGGCGAUCGUCUCCACACUCGCAUGGACGUCCUCCGGUUCCGCGGCGUCUGCUCUUCGUUCCGCUCCUCGAUCCCCCGGCCCGGCCACGACGCCUCGCGGUUCCCUUUCCGCAUCCCUACUAACACGCCGCGCUCCGCCCUCUUCCUCCGCGCGAGCACGGUCUACGCAGUCGAGACGCCGGACGGAACCGCCUCCUCCGGUCGCGCGCGGUGGCUGCUGAAGCUUGAGGAGUCAGAGCCCGGGCGCAUGCGGAUACUCAGCCUCUUCUCGCGGCAGCGGAUCGCGUACUUGCCCCACGAGUUCCCGGAGGUACUCGAUUCUCUCCAAUUCCGAAUCGUCGAGAUCUGUAGAGAAUACACGCUCGAAUAUGGCGGUGGAACCGGAGGCCUCGUUCAAGGUGUACGGAAAGUAGUAAUGCAUCCGGAUUGUGUAGGGUCUGAUGUGGACCGGUGUUCGGUUUAUUUCAUUGAUGGAAAAGGGCGAUUAGGUUAUUGGAGGUACGGGGAUGAGAACUGGAGCCAUAUAGAUGAUUCACAGGGCAGUGGUUACGACGACAUUGCAGUUUAUGACAGUAGAGUUUGCGUCGUCGAUCAGUUUGGGUCAGUUUCGGAGAUCGAUUCAUCUUUCGGACUUCAAAGUCUCUCACCGCCAAUAUACAGUGGCAACCACCGCGGCAGCGGUGGCUUUUGGAAGCAGUUGGUGGUGUCAAGUGGUGAUCUUUAUUUAGUGGACAGAUACACCGAGAGCAUCGCGUACACUGAGAAAACACGGCCGACGUGUGAUUUUAGGGUCUAUAGGUUGGAUCGACAAUGGGGGAGAUGGGAGGAGGCGAGAAGCUUGGGCGAUCCGGCCUUCUUUCUUUGCAAGCACUGCUCGUUCGCGGUCUCGGCACUCGAGCUUGGCGGGGGCAACGGGAAUUGCAUCUACUAUACGGAGGACACUUAUUCCCAUUACUCGAUGGAAAUCGUUAAGGUGUUCAGCCUGGCGGAUCGCAGCAUAAAGUGGUUGAAGUAUUCCGACUGGUGUGCUAGACUAUUCCAGCUUCCUAACGGGCAUGCCUGA